UCAUGGCGGCUUUUAGCUCGCUGUUGCGAUGCUCGGCUCAAAACAUUCAAAACACUCGGCUCCUCGUACCCAAAUAUUCGCUUAAAACCGCCAUUCAACAGAUACCAACUCGUGGCAUGUCCCAUACGUUUACCGUUCAAGCUAGCAGAUGGCAAUGGCACAAAACAAAAGACUAUUUUCAUUUUUAUACCAUGCUUGCUGCCAUCCCACUUGGUAUUAUAACAUUUUGUGCUAAUGUGUUUGUUGGACCGGCAACUCUUACACCAAUCCCAGAAGGUUACGAGCCCGAAUUCUGGGAAUAUUAUAGGAAUCCUAUUACGAGAUUCCUUGCUCGUUACAUAUUCGGUACUCCACAAAAAGAUUAUGAAAAAACGGUUUUUGCCGUCUGGGAAGCCGAUCAGCUAAGAAAAAUUAGAAUUUUGGAACAAAUGGUCUAUAGCAGAAUGCGAGAAAGACAGGAUUACCAAUACGGAUACCACACUCCAUACGAGAGCUUCGACCUUAGAGAGCGCAGAGAAUCAUUGAGACGUCACAUGGACGGUAUCCAUGAAGACGAAAAAUAAAUACCACGCAAGGAAAUCAUUGGAAAGUAUAAUUUAAUCAUACAAUUACUUCAUUUUAUGUAGCUUGAAAUUUCAAUAAAAAUAGCGAUGUUGAAGAAAUUAAAUCCUA